GGCAGCCUCAUGUUCUCACGCAAUAUCCACUGAGAGAGAAAUCAGUGCUGCUCAUCACAAGCUGCAAGACCCCAUCUUCCUUCUUCCCAUCCGAGAGCAAGUGAGAGAAAGAAGGGGGAGAUCGAGAGGUGCAAGUGAAUGGCUCUGAAGGCCUGCUUCCAAGUGAGCACCAUUGCCUCCUCGGCUGCAGCUACCACCGGCACCUGGGCUUUACCUGCGCACCGACCCUUCUUCAUCAGGGACAAGUUCCACCUCCCUGCCGCUACCGGACACAGGAAGUCCGUCUCAUCUCCUCCUUCCACGUCGACCGGAGACGACGGGCGACGGAGCCGCGUCACCUGUCGAGCCAAGAAGACCGUGGACGAAGUGUUGGUGGUGGUGGAUGCGAACUGGGAGAAUCUGGUGGCUGCCAGCGACAAGCCAGUGCUGGUGGAGUUCUGGGCACCGUGGUGCGGUCCGUGCCGGAUGAUCGCGCCGGUGAUCAAGGAACUGGCCAGGGACUACGCCGGGAAGAUCGUGUGCUGCCAAGUGAACACCGACGACUGCCCCGGCAUCGCUUCCAGGUUCGGCAUCCGCAGCAUUCCCACCGUGCUGGUGUUCAAGAACGGCGAGAAGAAGGAAAGCGUCAUCGGCGCCGUGCCCAAGAGCACCUUGGUGAGCGUCGUCGACAAGUACCUGGAGGGUUCAUGAAGGCAUAAACUACAUCAAUCCAAGUCAAAUAUGAUUUAUGGCGCUCUAAUUGACGUAGAUAGCGUGCACAUAUUAAGUCGAUUAUAUUGUGAAUCAUCAGUAACGGGUUUCUCCCUCAA